CGCAUACACGAUGCAGGUUAUAACGCGAGGUCGUAACCAUUUGGAUACACGAGUGUCUCCGGCGGCAGUUAACCUCCAGCGUUGUUCAAGUCAAGCGACGAAGUCCCUCGAGACGUCACGACGCGAUUUGCCUCAUUUCUCCGCUACAUACACGAUGUUUUCCGACGUCAUGGCUCUCCACGGUAAAAUUUACAACUUCAAGAUCGUCCUCAUGCACAGUCAUGCACAGUGCGACUCGGGAAAAGGCGACCUGGCGACGUCGACAGCAACCAACGGUCGGUAUGAUACCUCUCGUCCUCUCGGGAUUGUCGGGCUUCGCUAUUGGCGGACUGUGUUUUCCGAAAUUCCCUAAAUGUCGUACGUU